AUGUAUGGUCGAGAAUGGAGAGAGAUGACGAGUCAUGAGAUACUUGUCCAUUUGUUUCAUGAUUCUCUUGACAAUAUGGACAAGUUACUUGCGCGGAAUCGUUAUGAGCUUAUUUUCGACUUCGUUCCAUUGUCAGCGAGCUUUACAUUUACUUGCCUGAGUAGGAAGUUUGUACGUCUCAGUCUCAAUAAAUUCGACAGAUCUGCACCCGCCUAUGGUUUCGGGUUUUCGAAUCUCAGAGAUAUGGAAAUAUUUUGUACUCAGCUGGAUCGAAUAAGGAAUUACGCGAAAGCCACUCUUGUUCCUCCAGUACGAUCGAUAGCUUUAGGAUUAGCCAAUCUCGGCUUGCAGUCUCCAUCCUCCACACCUCCAAGAAUGAACGUACCGUCUUUUUAUGCUGACAGUGCGCACACCGACUGUCUUGAAAGUGCCAGGUACUGCCCGAGCACUCCAUUUCACGUGAAGCCGAACAAUUCCAUGAUCUUCUCAGAUAGCCCCAGCAGAUACAAUCUACCCUAUAAUGAGUGUAUUUCGGAUGAAUAUGCUCUUGCUGAAGCUGCUGCCGCAGUUCCCAUCUGCGAAGCUCCUAAUCUCAGCAAGGUAGAGCCAAAUGAAAACAUCCAGUUAGGAAAUAAUGAAGGAAGCGAUCAACAGUUUUCUAAGUUAAUAGCUGCGGAACACCGUGUGCGAGCCUUGAUUGAUGCGAUACAGCCGGCUGGUGGUGUUAAUGAUGUUUGGAGCAAUUCCAUUGAGAAGAUGACAGAAGGAGGCAUGGUCACAUCGUCGACUGCUACGAACAGAGCUGAGAAUCCUGCUGGAGUUAUAGGAUCUCCAGUCAAAGGAAAAGGUGGAGCCUAUGCAUGCCGUCACAAAGCUUCAAUAGACACAUGA